AUGAUUUGGGAAGUAGUUGUGGUCCUCAGCUUGGUCCUGGGAGCUAGUGCUGUCCCCAUGGAUGAUCCUGAGGAUGGGGGCAAGCACUGGGUGGUCAUCGUCGCCGGUUCAAAUGGCUGGUACAAUUACAGGCACCAGGCAGACGCGUGCCACGCCUACCAGAUAGUUCACCGCAACGGGAUCCCUGAUGAGCAGAUCGUGGUGAUGAUGUAUGAUGAUAUCGCCAACUCCGAGGACAAUCCCACGCCGGGUAUUGUGAUCAACAGGCCCAACGGCUCGGACGUGUACACGGGAGUCCUGAAGGACUACACCGGCGAGGACGUCACCCCACAAAAUUUUCUUGCUGUGUUGAGAGGUGAUGAAGAAGCAGUGAAAGGCAAAGGAUCUGGAAAGGUCUUGAAGAGCGGCCCCCAGGAUCACGUGUUCAUUUAUUUCACCGAUCAUGGAGCUACUGGACUGCUGGCUUUCCCUAAUGAUGACCUUCACGUAAAGGAACUGAAUCAGACCAUCCAUUACAUGCAUAAACACAAAAUGUACCAAAAGAUGGUGUUCUACAUCGAAGCCUGUGAGUCUGGGUCCAUGAUGAGCCACCUGCCCACCAACAUCAAUGUUUAUGCAACUACUGCCGCCAAUUCCGACGAGUCAUCCUACGCCUGUUACUAUGAUGAGAAGAGGUCCACGUACCUGGGGGACUGGUACAGUGUCAACUGGAUGGAAGACUCUGACGUGGAGGACUUGACCAAAGAGACGCUCCACAGGCAGUACCAGCUGGUAAAGUCCCACACCAACACCAGCCACGUCAUGCAGUAUGGCAACAAGUCCAUCUCUACCAUGAAGCUGAUGCAGUUUCAGGGUAUGAGACACAAAGCCAGCUCUCCCAUCUCCCUACCCCCAGUCCAGCACCUUGACCUCACUCCAAGCCCCGAGGUGCCCCUCAUGAUCAUGAAGAGGAAACUGAUGUACACCAAUGACCUGCAGGAGUCCAGGCGUCUUGUCGAGGAGAUCCACAAGCAUCUGGAGACCAGACAUGUCAUUGAGAAGUCAGUGCAAAAGAUUGUCUCCUUGCUCACGAGGUCUGAUGACGAGGCAAGGAGGCUGCUGUCGCAGAGAGCCCCACUCACCGCCCACGACUGCUACCAGGCAGCCGUGACCCAUUUCCGCACGUCCUGCUUCAACUGGCACUCCUCCACGUACGAGUAUGCUUUGAGACAUUUGUACGUGCUGGUCAACCUUUGUGAAAAACCUUAUCCAAUUGACAGAAUAAAAUCAUCCAUGGACCAGGUGUGCCUCGGUUACUACUGAAACGCUGCCUUCUUGAUGCUUUUCCAAGUGUGAGCACGUCCCUAAGAAUGUGUGCUAAUCAGAGACUGAAGAGGGGGCAGCGAAACGGAAACCAAGCCCAGCAGCUCCGGGCCCUCCUGGGCUCACGCUCCAGGCCCGCCGCUGGGCUUGCUCACCUUGCCCUCCUUCCCCGGUCUCCUGCGGGUCCUGCGUGAUGCUCUGAAAAACUACAGAUGUGCCUGGGUCAGGCUCUGUGUUGGGAAAGGUCUGUUUGAUUCUUAAGAGGGUAUUUUUGCCCAUUUGUUUUAAGGAAGAAGAAUGUCAUGGGGGGGCUUCUGUUACCAGUGAAAGAAUCUCUGCUGUGAGCAAUUUGAAGCUGGAACCUCUUAAGUCUUCGGAAUGAUUUUAUUGAAAGGGGACGACAUAAGCCCCAAAUGGAAAGCUAUUUUUAGAAAAUAAUAUAAUUUUUGAUUGCUUUUGUAUUUUAUUCAACAAUAAGGUUAAGUCUUAAAAAAUAAAGAUCGUAACUGAAUCAGAGUCUGAA